GAAACUAAACGGAAUCGCGGUGGUCGAAGGAUAUCGUUUUCUAUGGUUUUAUUUCUACACGGUCGACGCCGAUCACUUACGCGUUCGCGAUGGAAAGCAAAAGCUGCAACAAUUUUAUAAGUUACGUGGGCCUCGAGGAACACGAAAUGCAGCCACUGAGUUCUAGUCGACGUAAUUCGCUAUCGGAAAACAGUAUUAAGUUACUUCCCGGCGAGAUUCUGAUCACCAGAGCGCAGAGUGUUCUAAUGUUUUCGCCUGUCAGUGAUCUGAAGCAAGGAACUUCUGGCAAUCUAUCAGUUACGAACUUUAAGCUCACUUUUAUUACAACGGAUGACACCAAUGGAGAUGACAUGGUUCGUCAACAAAAUCAUCUUUAUGGAUACAUGGAUACUUGUUUAACGAAUAUCGAAGAUAUUUAUAUCACUGUAAAUGAUAAAAAAAGACGACUGGUACCCGGCAAUACUGUACCAUCUAAAGUAAAAGGGAUAUUUAUCAUCUGCAAAAAUUUACGAACGUGGUCCUUUUCUUUUAAAUUUUCACCUAUUGGAGAUGGGAAAAAUCUCUUGACAGCAUUGUUACACCAUGCUUCUCCUAGCAGACACGAUUUAUUAUUUGGUUACGAUUACAGAGAAGCUUAUUACAGUAGUCUCGAUAAAGCUGUUCGCUUAUUUCGAGACAUAUCGGAUUGGCAUAACGAAUUAGAAAGAACCAUAAGUAAUGAAAAACUUAGAAAAUUUUGGAGACUGUCUACCGUUAAUGUAGAUUUCAAGCUUUGUCGUAGUUUGUCACGAUACAUAAUUGUACCAGCAUCCAUUACUGAUAAUCAACUGAUGGAUGCAGCUAAACACUUUCAAGGCAACCGUCCACCGAUUUGGUCUUGGUCCAGUAUACACGGUGCAGCAUUAGUAAAAAUGUCUGAGCUCUCACCGUUGAUUACCAAUAGGAUGCAAGAAAAUAUUUUGUUUGAGAAUGUUCGCAAGAGUCAUCCUCAAAAAAUGGCACCAACUGUUUUAGAAUUGAACAAGGAAAUUAGCACAAAGUUGAUAGCUAUAGCUUUCUCUAAAUUUGCUAAUCUUUGUUCCCCAGAAAACAUCAGGCAGUUUUGGCUGCAGGAUAAUAAUUUUUAUACAUUAGUAGAGAAUACAAAGUGGUUAAAGUAUAUAUCUUAUUGUAUGCAAAAAGCUGUUGAAGCCUGUGAGCAGCUCCAUUUAGGAUUUUCUGUUAUUUUACAAGAAGGUGCUGGCACAGAUAUUUGUUGCAUUAUAUCGAGCUUAGUUCAAUUGCUACUGGACCCUUAUUUUCGUACCAUAAACGGGUUUCAGUCACUCUUGCAGAAGGAGUGGGUUGCCGGUGGGCAUCCAUUUUGUGAUAGAUUAGGUCAUAUUGCCAAGAGGAAGUCUGAGAAGUCUCCAGUAUUCCUUUUAUACCUUGACUGUGUUUGGCAACUGAGUCAACAAUUUCCCGCGGAAUUCGAGUUCACGGAAACGUACCUGACAACAUUAUGGGACGCUGCUCAUAUUUCAAUCUUUGAUACGUUUAUUUUUAAUUGUGAGAAAGAUCGGAUGAUGGCAGCUACGGACCCAAAUAAACCUCUGGUUCUUCGGAGUGUCUGGGAUUGGAGGGAACAGUUUAGCGAACAAGACAUAUUGUUAUUUUACAACCCUCUAUAUACCUCUCGUGACUCAAAUAUAACUGAAAAAAGCAUAAUAAAGCCCCAGUACAAUGUAGUAAGCAUUGAGUUGUGGGCUCAGUGUUACUUUCGAUGGAUACCACCUUUAGAGAUCCGCAAUGGCGGGCAAAAUCACAUAGAGCUUUACGCAAGAUUACUAAGGAAUAAUGUGAAUCAGUUGAAGAUGAGCAUAAACGGAAAUUGCGAUUCACCUAUCGCAAAGACGAACAGCUAUUCCGUUCAAAUGAAUAUCGACAGCUUUUAUCCGUUUUCAAAUAAAAAAACUGGAAAUACAGUGAGCACUCCCAUAAUAAAUAGCUCGAUGUUAGCUACGGAGAGCUUACUGGACGCGCAGUCUUUAAUAACUGCAUGCGACUGAUGUACAUAUCGCGACAAUAUUUGU